UGUAGCGAGCGUUGAUCGGCGCUGGCUGUCAUUUGCACGGCGCCGUUUUGCAACAAUCUGAGCUCGUGGAAUAAAUUCUAUUUUUUUUUGUUACAAGAAUCUCAUUCUGGGUUCAAUGAAGUUGAUAUUGGAAUCUCGUAAUGAGGUGGCUUCUGCCGUGGAUUCUAAUAGUAGCCAGCACUCAUCAGGUCUUUUCCCAACAUUCCACAGCCAUGCCUCCCUUGACGGCGACCAUAGAGCUGUAUAACCGGACAGCGUACUGCAAAUGGCCGUGCAAGUGUGCCAAGAGCGCCCCCUUGUGUCCGCCAGGGGUCAGUGUGCUCAUGGACGGCUGUGACUGCUGUAAGGCCUGUUCCAAACAGGUGGGGGAGACCUGCAACGAGGCGGACGUCUGUGACUACCACAAGGGACUGUACUGUGACUACAGCGUGGACAAGCCGAGGUACGAAAAAGGAGUAUGUGCCUACAUGGUGGGCACAGGCUGCGAGUACGACGGAGUGAUCUACCGGAACGGUCAGAGCUUCCAACCCAGCUGUAAGUACCGCUGUCUGUGUGUAAACGGCGCCAUCGGUUGUGUGCCGCUCUGCACAGACUCCCAACCGCCCCGAGUGUGGUGCCAGACGCCCAGGCGGGUCAAACUGCCGGGCCGAUGCUGUGAGCAGUGGAUCUGUGACGAGCCCAGGAAGACGCGCAAGGCAGACCCCAGGCCUGCUGAGAUAGUGCGCGCCAGCCACAAGGAGGUCUGGCAUAAGAACUGCAUUACCCAGACAACCUCCUGGUCCCCGUGUUCCAAGACCUGUGGACGUGGCCUGUCCCUGAGGAUCUCCAACGCCAACGACCAGUGUGAGUUGAUCAAGGAGUCGCGCCUCUGCAACAUCCGGCCCUGUGACGUCGACAUCACCAAGCACAUCAAGCCAGGGAAGAAGUGUCUGAACAUUUACAGGGAGGAGCAGAGCCAGAACUUCACAAUCUCAGGCUGCAACAGCAAGAAGCCCUACCGUCCAAAAUACUGUGGUGUCUGCGUGGCCACAGACGAUCGCUGCUGCAUCCCUUACAAGUCCAAGACUAUCGAGGUGGAGUUCGAGUGUCCCAACGGAGCCACUCUGACAUGGCAGGUGAUGUGGAUCAACGCCUGCUUCUGUAACCUCAGCUGCAGGAACCCCAACGACAUCUUCUCUGAGCUGGAGCACUACUACGACCACAAUGAGGUCAUCAACUGAGCAGCCUUGUCCGAGCCUGAACGUAUGGCCCACAGGGCAGGAGACCAUCUCCUGUUUCUGUAGCAUGAGGUAGUUUAGUGUACAAGUACAACCCCUGGGUAAGACGCUAGUCUGCCGCGGGGCCUUACCCAAAUACAUCUCCUUAAUGCUGAGUGCCAAGCGUUUUUAGAGUCUUUGCUAGGAUUGGACUGGGGAGAACUGAGCAGAGGACAGGUUAAUUUAGGUUAUUAUUGACUCCAGCUUUACACUCCUUGGAAUAAAGGGAUUGAUGAUUUGUUGGUUAGUUGAAGUACCAGGCUGGAACAAAGGCUGCACACCUCUAAGGUCCCCAGGAGGAGGAUGGAAGAACAUUGCAGUUGAACCCUGCCCAAACUCUUCAUUAUGAUCUUGAUAAAAAACACACACAAAAAUUAUGCACAGGGUUUAUCUGUUAUUUAACCUCCAUUCAAUGAAACGAAAAGGUAUGUAGGUGUUUUUCAAUCUAAAUAUACACUCAGUGUACAAAACAUUAAGUACACCUUCCUAAUAUUGAGUUGCACCCCUUUUUGCCCUCAGAACAGUCUCAAUUCGUCAGAGAAUGGACUCUACAAGGUGUCCAAAGCGUUCCACAGGGAUGCUGGCCCAUGUUGACUCUACAAGGUGUCCAAAGCGUUCCACAGGGAUGCUGGCCCAUGUUGACUCUACAAGGUGUCCAAAGCGUUCCACAGGGAUGCUGGCCCAUGU